AUGGAAAACAUGUCAGAGGAAACCCACGGCGAAAUGACGGAUCCACAGCACGUCCACCUAAGGUAAGGAGAAAAAAACGGUUCAAGGGGUCCCUGUGUGAAGGUGUUUCUAUAAAACCGCGCCUCAACCUUUUUCUUUCUGCUCCUUUUCAUUCACAUGAAAAUUUUUCCUUGUUUGUAUUGAAUGUGUCAUAUACUAACAGACUGAAAUAAAGUAUGUACACAGCGCCCUAACUUUAUUGAAAUGAAGUCAUGUGUUUGGAGGUUAAGGCUCUGUUUGUGUAGAUACCAACAGUUUGGGUCGGGUCAGAACUGCUGACAUUCAUACAGCUCAUUCAGACGACUCAGAGAAUGAGAGUAUUUGGAAUUUUCCAAUAUUUAUCAUGUCUCAGAUUUGUGCACAUCAGUUUGUGAAUGACAGAUAUUGUACAGAAAGACUUAGCUUUCAGACCCUUUACAACAAGAUCUUCAGUGCUUCUCAUCUUUUUCUUUUAGCUUCCCAUCUGAAAGCUCUGUGGAGGAAAUGGCUCAAGACAGACCAGAUCAAGAUGAGACGGAGAAAACGGAGAUUGAUAACAGCAUCAUACAGAGACUUCAAGACAGACCAGAUCAAGAUGAGACAGAGAAAAAGGAGAUUGAUAACCGAAUCAUACAGAGACUUCAAUCUGGCUGGAUAGGCACUCUUCAUGUCGUUUUCCUGGUGCUGCUUUUAGUCCUAAUCACUGUCAUUGUUGGCCUGAGCAUCAAUGUUAAGCAGUUACAGAAAGAAAGGAGUCAGCUGAGACAGCUUCUAGAAUCAACACACAUGGGACUGAACCACACCAUGGAAGUAAAUCAAAAAGUGAGCCAGAGUCUGAACUUCACCGUGGAAGAAAAUCAAAAACUGAGGCUGAGUCUGAACUACACCAUGGAGGAGAAUCUGAACCUGAGCCUGAGUCUGAACAACACCAUGGAAGAAAAUCAGAAAUUGAGCAGAAGACUAAACUACACCAUGGAAGAAAAUCAGAAAUUGAGCCUGAGUCUGAACUACACCAUGGAAGAGAAUCUGAACCUGAGCCUGAGUCUGAACAACACCAUGGAAGAAAAUCAAAAACUGAGGCUGAGUCUGAACUACACCAUGGAAGAGAAUCUGAACCUGAGCCUGAGUCUGAACAACACCAUGGAAGAAAAUCAGGAAUUGAGCAGAAGACUAAACUACACCAUGGAAGAUAAUCAGAAAUUGAGCCUGAGUCUGAACUACACCAUGGAAGAUAAUCUGAAACUGAGCCGAAGACUCAACCACACCAAGGAAGAAAAUCAAAAACUGAGCCUGAGUCUGAGCUACUCCAUGGAAGAAAAUCAGAGACUGAGCCGAAGACUAAACCACACCAUGGAAGUAAAUCAAAAAGUGAGCCAGAGUCUGAACUUCACCGUGGAAGAAAAUCAAAAACUGAGGCUGAGUCUGAACUACACCAUGGAGGAGAAUCUGAACCUGAGCCUGAGUCUGAACAACACCAUGGAAGAAAAUCAGAAAUUGAGCAGAAGACUAAACUACACCAUGGAAGAGAAUCUGAAUCUGAGCCAAAGAUUAAACCACACCAAGGAAGAAAAUCAAAAACUGAGGCUGAGUCUGAACUACACCAUGGAAGAGAAUCUGAACCUGAGCCUGAGUCUGAACAGCACCAAGGAAGAAAAUCAAAAACUGAGCCUGAGUCUGAGCUACUCCAUGGAAGAAAAUCAGAGACUGAGCCGAAGACUUAACCACACCAUGGCAGAAAAGUCACAGCUUCAAGUGCAGAUUGAGGAGAUGAAAAUCAUAUUGAAUUCUACUAUGGAAAACCGUGACUCUUUCAGAAAAGACAAAAUCAAAUAUCAACAGCUUUUGAUCAAUGAAAGGCAGACCUCAACUCAACUAAAAGCUGAAAAUCAACGUCAACAAUCAAUUCUGAUGUCGGAGAAACUAUCUUUCCUCUGGAGAUUCUGUGAUAAAGGCACCCUGCAAUGUUCACGCUGCCUUCCUGGUUGGGCUGAGCACGCCACACGCUGCUUCCAUUUGGCAUCACAACCAAUGAAGUGGGAAGAUGCUCGUAGGGAGUGUUUUAAUGAAGGUGCUGACCUGGCUGUUGUCUUGAAUGCUGCAGACCAGGCAUUUCUGACCAACAUGACUUUCCAGUUUACACAGCAGCAUCCAAAUGUACUGUUCCAUUCAGCAUGGAUCGGGUUGCAGGACAUGGUGCAGGAUAACAGAUUUGUGUGGGUAAAUGGUAUCAAGUCCAAGUCAGAUUUGAAGUUCUGGAUGCCUGGAGAGCCAAACAAUGCUGCGGCUCAAUGGGACAAAGACCGUGCAGGACAGGACUGUGUUGUCAUUGUCCCUCCAAAGACUGUUGGACAGAAAGGCUGGCUGAACUCCUGGGAUGAUGUUGUCUGUCGAGGCCAGCGGCACUACAUUUGUGAAACCAAAGCUCUUAUUUUGUCUGGAGUAAAAACUGAGGAAUGA